UCUUUAUCAGCUCAAUAAUUUGAGCAGGAAAAAAAAUAUUUGAUUGAACGGUACAGCAAGCUGACCAACAGUAGGAUUCAAUGUUUCCUUUUGCGAAAACUUCGAGCUGCUGUUAGUACAGAUUCUGCGUUGCCACUGAUAACGCAAUGAAGUCGUUCUUGCUGUGGAUUAGUGCUGUUUUUAAUGUUGUACUGUUAGCAUCGGCCGAUCUAGGCACGGACUGGAAGUGGCACGUGCAACUUGUGCAUAUUCAGCAAGCCCCAGCGCAAACCUUCCAAUGCAGCGGAACUCUUCUGAACAAACUUUUCGUGGCUACGGCAGCGCACUGUCUGUACAAUCUGAAUGGUGACCGACUUGAUAAGAGUCAACUGAUAAUCCUUCUGGCCGAUGGCCAACACCGUUCGAUCAUUCGAACAUUCCAACCGGAACCAUUUGAUGUGGAAUGGCUGAACAACGACUUCGUACUGCUCCUGCUUGAUCGGGAAGUUAUGUUUAACGAGCUGGUGACGCCCAUCAGCAUACCAGAUCCGUUCACGGUUCUUCCACAGGAUGUGCAUACGCCAUUAUUGAACGAAGCAAUACUUACAACCAAUGAUGAAGCCACGUGUCUCGCCAAUGCCAAAACUUUGUUCGGGAUGGUGUACACGGACGCCAUCUGUCUGGGACAAUUCGAAAAAACGCAUAAAUAUCACCGAAGCGCUGGAAGUGGACUGUACGUCGAACAUAAUUCCAGCUGGCACCUGGUGGGAAUUGCGAUGUAUGCUACCGGUCCAUCUGAGGCCCACAUUACCUACAUUGGUGGAGUUCUUUUGGAAAGACAUUUGACUUGGACAAGGAGGGUGCUGGCACAUUACUCGGAAAGCAUGCCCUUGAGUGAAAUAAAUUGUCGUUCAUACGUAAGUAAUGGAAACCUACCAUUCGAGUGGGUUUAUCCCAUGGUAAAACUAGUGGAUAGCGAGGAAAAUUCUUUACGUACCAUGUGCCACGGAACCGUGAUCAGCCCUCGAUACAUUCUAACAACAUCGCGAUGUGCAUUGACAGCAAAAAAGAUCUUCAUACAGUAUGAUGACAGGCGAAGCUUCGAUUGGUUCACUGUGAAAAACGUGUCCACAUCUGGAAGGCUGGCGUUGAUCGCACUCGAUCGCGUUGUGAGUGCGAACUCAGGAAUAAUAGGUCGCCUUUACUCGCGAGUUACCCCGAAGCCAUUUGCAUACGUCACGCGAAUAGCGCAUACGGAUUGGUACGUCGGACUGGAAAGAAUACACGUUCAAUACCGGAUCGACGAGCCGUUGAAGGUACAGUACUAUUGUAGGAACUAUUUGAGUGAAGGUCGCUUCACAAGCACCGGCGAUCCACUAGUUGUACAAGAGGAUGGCGAAGAGUUUUUCCGUGUGGUGGGCGUGUUGGAUGCUGAGCUGGAUUGUCAACCUUUGGAAUAUUCCAGCCAGCAAUCGAAGACAGCGGAGGCCAUCAACGUGGAGCAACAUCUACCGUGGAUUGAAGAUGUGGUGUGGAGAUCAAAUAAAUCAGGCGAAUAAAGUUUUUAUUUUAUUAUUUUUGUGAAGUUCUUUCAUUGCUCAUUAUUUCUCCUUUUUGAUUUGGUGCUGAU